CACGUUCUCCCGCCUCUGUAUAAAAGCCGCCGCCGACCCCUGACAGCCCGCCUGGUGAUGCCCGCCGUUAGGGUAGAAGUCCACGUGUCCAAGAGCGUCCGCGUAGCCAAGCCCUGACAGACGGAGGUUGCAGGAGCUGCUGAGGGCGAUGAAGGGCCGCCGUAUUAACAGUCCAGCAUGAGAGGAGUGUCGGUGAGCGCACGGCGGCCACAGGUCACAGGAGGAGGCAGAGGAGCGGCGUGUGUGUGUGUGUGUGUGUAUAGUGUGUAAACAUGGCGUCGUCGCUGAGGUCUUUGCCGGACGAGAGUUUGCGGCGGCGGCUGCUGGAGCACGGCAUCACGUCGCCCCUCACGCCCAGCACGCGGGGCAUCCUCAUCAAGAAGCUCAACCACGCCCUGGCCGCCAGCAGGAAGGCGGCGCCCGCCACCGCCCGCGCCAGGAGGAGCACACGGAGCCGCGGGCUGCACACCCUCAGCUCGGACGAGGACGACGACGAGGACGAGGACCAGCACGACCACUCCCUGGCCUCCAGCAGGGCCGCCAGGGACGGCCAGCUCCCGCCCGCCAGGCGCCGGCUGUCACGCGGCGGCGGGGCUGACGAGGCCGCGGCGCUGACGCCCGCUGACGCCCACCGCCGCUUCUUCCCCGCCCGGGGCCGCGGCGGGCGUGCCGGGGCGGCCGCCGCCAGGCCGCGCGAGGACUACGACACGGGCUCAGACUCCGACCCCGCCGAGGCCAUGGCGGGCCAGGACCACCGCGAGGCCCCCAGGCCGCGGGGCGCCCACGCCGACCCCCUGGCCCCGGGGUACCGGCUGGGCGCGGGGCACAGCCACAACCACAGUGCCGGGGCGGGCCAGGCGUCGCGGGCCAGGGCCAGUGUCAGUGCCAGGGGCCACCUGCAGAAUGGGCGUGACUGGGUGGAUGCUGGGGGGGGCGGGGUGGCGGAGUCUGCGGCGGCAGCAGCGGACACCCUGGUGAGCCAGGCGGAUGGGCCGAGCCGCCUGGCCAACGGGCGGCACCACCACAACAGCAGCGCGGCAGAGUGCCAGGGGGCGGAGGAGGAGGAGAGCACCUGGCACUACAAGGUGCCGCUGCUGCUGCUGGUGCUGCUGGCGGUGUUCUUCGGCGUGGUGGCGGCGCUCUACGUCAACAUGCGCGUGCCACUGCUGCCCACGCUGUGUUCUGUGCCUGCCAUGGCCGCACGAGCCCUGGCAUCCCUCUCUGUGCCUUUCUCCGCCACACCCACUCCCCCGCCCCUGCCCCUGCCCGCACCCCCGGACACACAGCUGCCGCCCAAGCCCUCAGCGCCGCCGCCCACGCCCACAGAAAAUAGAUUUCCAGUAUGCAGCAGCACAUUGAAGGCCAAAUGCCUGUCAGUACAAGCGAUGGCGUUGGUCCAGCCAGUGUUGGGUCGCCUGGAGGAGGUGGUGUUGCCCGCACUACACCAGCAGGCGGGCCGGCACCAAUGCGGCGAGGCACCUACCAAGUACCUGCCCACCUCGGCACUCCAGGACCUGCUACAGCGACACAUGGCUACCUCUUGGAGUCCAACGGAAGGGGAGAAGGUGGUGGAGUCCCUGGGCAGCCUGGUGGAGUGGAACCCUCACUGGGGGCUGGAGGCGGUUCGUGGGGGAGCAACGGGGGGCGAGGGGGGGGCUCUGCUGGGCGUACAGGUGGCGUCACAGCCCACCUAUAUACUGUGCCACAUCACCACUGCCAUCUACUCCUUCCUCUACCUCAUCAUGGGGCUGGUGACAGCCCUGGUCACCGCCUGGCUAGCGUUCUCCUGCACCAGAUACUACAGAUGGAAAGCGGAAGAGGAAAAGCAACAGAUGUACGAGCUGGUGGAGCAGAUCCUGGAGGUGCUGGGCGGCCUGGGUGGGGCGUCGGGGAAGGACUUUGUAGCGGUGAACCACGUGCGGGACUCCCUCAUCAGCCCUCGCGAUCGCCGCACCAAACAGCAUCUCUGGGAGCGUGCCGUUGCCUUCAUCAACCACAACGAGUCUAGGGUGCGGCGUGAGAUCCAGGCGGUCGGUGGUGAGGACUGUGUGGUGUGGCGGUGGGCGUCGGGUGUGCCCCAGUCCCACCACUCCCCCGGUUCCUCCCCUGGGGUGGACAGUGGGGGCGGGGGAGGCCGGCCGCCCCCCAAGGUAUGGCAGGGGCCCGCCUUCAACACCCUCAGCCCUCACAAUGUGCCCAAUGUGUCUCCAACUUCCUGCCUCAAGAUUAGAAACAUGUUCGACUGUGAUGUGGAGUUUGGGGACAGCUGGCCGGCCCGCAUCCAGGACAGCAUCCUUGAGAAGUGCGAGGGCAUCAGCAUUGUGCAUGUGGUGGUGGACCGCAGCUCCCGCGAGGGGUGCGUCUACCUCAAGUGUGCCUCGCUGGUUGACUCUGGCCGGGCCUUCAGGGCGCUGCAUGGCUGGUGGUACGAUGGUAACUUGGUGACAGUUAAGUUCCUCCGUGACGAGCGUUACCACCAGCGGUUCCCCUCGGCCCACUACGCCACCCUGCGCCUCCACCCGUCCAACAACAAGCGCCUCUCACUGCAACAACAACAACAGCUAGCAAACGCAAAUGCCAACACCAACGCCGCAGGUCAGCCAGAGACACCCUGCGCCACCUAAUAUACACACACAUACUCACACACACAUACAUACAGACACACACACACUCACACACACACGUACAGUUCUAGUAUUGGUGGUUCUCAAGACGUGUUUGGUUGGUGUUUGUGGAAGUGAUGGGCAGAUAAUUACUUACCAUUUAUAUUAUUAUUAUUAUUAUUAUUAUUAUUAUUAUUAUUAUUGUCGUCAUUGUCUUCUUCUUUUUCUCCGUUCUUUCUCUUUCCUCCCUUCCUUCCUUCCUUUCUUUCCUUCUAGUCUUCAUUUUCUCCCCCUCUUCCUCCAUCUCAAUCCUUCUUUCCUUCCUUCCUCUCUUUUCCUUUCCUCUUCUCUCCUCCUCCUCCUCCUCCUCCUCCUCCUCACUUUCUCCAUUUUAAUCCUUCCUCCUCCUUUCAUUUCUAUCUUCAUUUCCUUCCUCUCCUCCUCCUCCUCCUCCUCCUUCUCACUUUCUCCAUCUUAAUCCUUCCUCCUCCUUUCAUUUCUAUCUUCAUUUCCUUGCUCUCCUCCUCCUCCUCCUCUUCCCCCUUCCAUUCAAUCCCCCUAUGAUAAAGUCCCCCCUCUCUUGACAAGCCUUGGAGUUGGUGAGUGAGUGAGUGAGGGUCAUACUGUUGUUGCCAUGUUCGGAGUGCCAGCAAGUGCCGAUAUCCAAUGAAUCCUGGCCGGCGUUUGUUCAGCCUUGCCCCGCGUCAGUGCCAUCAGUGCCGCCGACGACCGCAAGGCCUCGUACCAGACGGAGGGUUGCUGUAUAUUAUUUUUUUACUAUUCGAAUAGGACACGACCGACGUACGUAUAUGUAUGCAAAUGUAUAGUCUAUAUUUUUCGUGUUGCUGCUGCUGCUGCUUCUACUACUACUACUACUACUACUACUACUACUACUACUACUACUACUACUACUACUACUACUACUGCUGCUGGUCUUGUGUGUGUGUGUGUGUGGAUGGUAAUGUAUGUAUACGUGUGUGUGUGGGAAGGAGUGACUGAUUGUGUGUGUGUGUGUGUGUGAAAAGGAAAUACUGAAUAAAAGGAGGAAUGAGGAGUUGUAAAAAAGGAGGAGAAGAAAGAGGAAGAGGAGGAGGAGGAGAAAAAAAUAGAGAAGAAAUUUUAACUUGAUCAAAACAAGAAAAUAUUUUAAGUGUGUGUGUGGUCGGAAAUGUUUUUAAAUUCUUCAGUCUUUAGCAGAGGUUGGUUGGGCACGUCACUGUAGGUUAACUUUCUGUACAUAGUAUCCUUAACCCUUCUAAUAUUACUACCACUAUUACUUUACUAUCAUUACAAAACAGAUGAUAACGAUAUAAUGACUUACUUCUAUGACUACUAUUAUUAUUACUGUUAUUAUUAUUAUUAUUACUUGUGUUAUUAUUAUUAUAUUUGUCAAGUCGCCAUUUGGUCUCAUCUGCAAGGACACUGCCAAAAGUAUUCCAAAUAUUGUGUGUGUGUGUGUGUGUGAGAGAGAGAGAGAGAGAGAGAGAGAGAGAGAGAGAGAGAGAGAGAGAGAGAGAGAGAGAGAGAGAGAGAGGUGGUGGUGUGUAUUGAAAGUGCAAGACAAAGACCUGACAAAGUGUUGGUAUUAGGAUUGGAACACAUGUAAAUAGGAUCGUGUAUGUGUGUGCAUGUGUGAGAGAGAGAGAGAGAGAGAGAGAGAGAGAGAGAGAGAGAGAGAGAGAGACACAGGACAAGAGAGAGAGAGGAAAUGGAGGAAAAAGGGAGUUAUGAGAGAGAGAGAGAGAGAGAGAGAGAGAGAGAGAGAGAGAGAGAGAGAGAGAGAGAGAGAGAGAGAGAGAGAGAGAGAGAGAGAGAGAGAGAGAGAGAGAGAGAGAGAGAGAGAGAGAGAGAGAGAGAGAGAGAGAGAGAGAGAGAGAGAGAGAGAGAGAGAGAGAGAGAGAGAGAGAGAACAAGGACAUAAGAGAGAGAGGAAAUGGAGGAAAAAGGGAGUUAAGAGAGAGAGAGAGAGAGCCUGCCUUAGUUUGUGUGCACAGUUUGUCAGAGACGUACACAGUUUCUCAAAGACGUGCAUGGUUUUUCAGAGGUGGCGUACACGGUGUCAGAGGUGUACACGAUUUGUCAGAGGUGUACACGGUCUCUCAGAGGUGUGCACGGUUAACUGAAAGCAUACAUGGUUUGUCAAAGGUGUACACAGUUGAUCAGUGCCACUCACCAAGAGGUAUAUGCAGAUUGUCAGUGCCAGUGUUAGUGCCAGCUAGGUCUUCGGCACUCACCAGUUUGUCAGUGUCAGUGCCGAGUGUGUUCUGGUUGGGGAUAGCAAGAGAGAGAGAGAGAGAGAGAGGAUAGGAAAGGUUUUGGCUGUGGAGAGAAAAAAAAGAAAGGGAGAGGAAAAUAUAAUGUGUGCCCAGGGAGAGAAAAAGGAAGCAUUGUGUGUCUGUGGAGAGGAAAAGACAGGGAGAGGAAAAUGUAAUGUCUGCCCAGGGAGAGAAAAAGGAAGCAUUGUGUGUCUGUGGAGAGGAAAAGACAGGGAGAGAAAAAGAAAGCAUUGUGUGUCUGUGGAGAGGAAGAGACAGGGAGAGGAAAAUAUGUGUGCCCAGGGAGAGAAAAAGAAAGCAUUGUGUGUGUGGAGAGGAAAAGACAGGGAGAGGAAAAUAAAGCAUUGUGUGUCUGUAGAGAGGAAGAGACAGGGAGAGGAAAAUAUAAUGUCUGCCCAGGGAGAGAAAAAGAAAGCAUUGUGUGUCUGUGGAGAGGAAGAGACAGGGAGAGGAAAAUAUAAUGUGUGCCCAGGGAGAGAAAAAGAAAGCAUUGUGUGUCUGUGGAGAGGAAGAGACAGGGAGAGGAAAAUAUAAUGUCUGCCCAGGGAGAGAAAAAGAAAGCAUUGUGUGUCUGUGGAGAAGAAAAGACAGGGAGAGGAAAAUAUAAUGUCUGCCCAGGGAGAGAAAAAGAAAGCAUUGUGUGUCUGUGGAGAGGAAAAGACAGGGAGAGGAAAAUAUGUGUUCCCAGGGAGAGAAAAAGAAAGCAUUGUGUGUCUGUGGAGAGGAAAAGACAGGGAGAGGAAAAUGUGUGUGCCCAGGGAGAGAAAAAGAAAGCAUUGUGUGUCUGUGGAGAGGAAAAGACAGGGAGAGGAAAAUAUGUGUGCCCAGGGAGAGAAAAAGAAAGCAUUGUGUGUCUGUGGAGAGGAAAAGACAGGGAGAGGAAAAUAUAAUAUGUGCCCAGGGAGAGAAAAAGAAAGCAUUGUGUGUCUGUGGAGAGGAAAAUAGUGUGUCUACUGAGAGGGAAAAAAAUAAAAUGCCCGGAGUGUUGUGUGCCUAGCAAGAUGACAAGAAAGAGAAAGAAAAGAAAGAAAGUAAAAUAAAGUAUUGAGCCAGUGUGUUCUGCUGUGGCUGGAGUGUUGCGUCCCCAUCAGGAGGGAAAAAAACCUGUUCGUUGAGAGAGAAAAACAAAGGAAAGAGACCAAAAUAAUGUGUUGUUAUGGGUUCUUGUGGUAGUAAAGAGGGUAGUAAAAUAUGCCCGGAGUGUUGUGUGCCCAGCAAGAAAGAGAGAAAGAAAGAAAAAGUGUUGAGCCAGUGUGUUCUUGAGAGGGAGAAAAAAACUGUCCAUUGUGUAGGAAAAAUACUGCGUUCUUAUGGGGUUACUGAGUGCCGCGCCCCAUCCCGAACAGCCCGCCCCAGCACCCUAGUAGCGGACGCCUUGACUAGGGGUGCGAGGGCUUACCAAGGGAACACUGUGUCGGGCUUCUUCAGAAAUAUCACGGCUUAGGGCGGACGAUGUGAGGUUUUCCAAGGGUCAUUUUGUUGAUUUUUUGUAAUGUUUUUUUGAUAUGUGAUUGUGUGUGUGUGUGUGUGUGUUAAUAUUCUCUCUCUCUCUCUCUCUCUCUCUCUCUCUCUCUCUUUUUUUUCUCUCCUUCCCUUCUUCCUUCCUCCCUUCCUCCUUUUUCCCCCUAUUUCUAUCCUAUCCAGUCAGUCAGUCAGUCAGUCAAUCUCUCCCUCCUUCCCUUCCCUUUCCAUUUCUUCUCUUAUAUUUUCCUUCUUAUAUUCUUUUUUUUCUUCUCUUCUUAUUCAUAUCUUACUUUUUAUAUUCCAUUUCUUCACUUGUAUUUUCCAGCCAGUCAGUCAGUCAGGUGAUCUCUCCCUCCCUCCCUCUUUCUCUCCAUCCCUCCUCCCUCCUUUCCUCCCUUCCCUGGUGUUGUUUCUGGAGAGGUUCGAGUCAUGGAAGAACUUCAAACUUUUCAUAUCUUAGCAUUUUAGGGACAACAAAUUAUUAUUAUUAUAUUCAGAGAGUCUAAUACUAUUUUGCUUGGCCGGAAGUGACCGCUUAAUGUGUUCAUGUAUGUUGUAUUGAGGGGAGAGAGAGAGAAGGACCUGGACCUGGUGGACCUGGCGCCACGUGGUGGUGGAGUCCGGACCACCACCGCCACCACCACUAUGUCACUGUCACAAGACUAGCCUUCAGUAGCUCUCCACAAUAUAUGUGCUUUCAAAUAAACAAAUUUUAUGUUCAUUGGAAUA